CCGCUGCUGGGCGGCCUGGGCCGGCUGCUGCUGGGCCGGGCCGGGCGGCGGGGGCCGGGGAGGACGCCCCCGGCGCUGCUGCGGGAGCUGGGCGGCCGCUACGGGAGCGUGUGGGGGCCGCGGCUGGGCGGGCGGCGGCCCGUGGUGGUGCUGGCCGACUUCCCCGCCGUCAGCCAGGCGCUCCGCCGCCAGGCCCCGCUCUUCGCCGACAGGCCCGCCCUCCCGCUCGUCUCCAUCCUCACGCGCAGGAAAGGUAUCGUGUUCGCCCCUUACGGGCCGGUGUGGAAGCAGCAGCGAAAGUUCUCCCACUCGACCCUCCGUCACUUCGGCUUGGGCAAGCUCAGCCUGGAGCCCAAGAUCAUCGAGGAGUUCCGGAACGUGAAGGAGGAGAUGCAGAAGCACGGGGCCGCUCCCUUCGACCCGCUGCCGGUCAUCGGCAACGCCGUCUCCAACGUCAUCUGCUCCUUGUGCUUCGGCCGGCGCUUCGACUACACCAACGGCGAGUUCAAGAAGAUGCUGAGCCUCAUGUCCCGCGGGUUGGAGAUCAGCACGAGCAAUCCCAUCCUGCUCAUCAACGUCUGCCCGUGGCUCUAUUACCUCCCCUUCGGACCCUUCAAGGAACUGAGGCAGAUCGAGAGGGAUAUAACGGCCUUCCUGAAGAGGCUCAUCCGAGAGCACCGGGAGAGCCUGGAUCGGACCGCGCCCCGGGAUUUCAUCGAUAUGUACCUCCUGCAUAUGGAAGAGGAGCAGAAGAGGGACGGCGAUAGCAGCUUCAACGAGGACUACCUGUUCUAUAUCGUCGGCGACCUGUUCAUCGCCGGCACGGACACCACGACCAACACCGUGCUGUGGUGUCUCCUCUAUAUGUCCCUGAAUCCGGACGUCCAAGAAAAGGUCCACCAAGAGAUCGACAGGGUCAUCGGUCGGGACAGGGCCCCGUCCCUGACCGACAAAGUCCACAUGCCCUACACGGAGGCCACCAUCAUGGAGGUUCAGAGGAUGACGGUCGUCGUCCCCUUUUCCAUCCCUCGCAUGACCACGGAGGAGACCGUGCUCCUGGGCUACACCAUCCCUAAGGGCACUGUGAUUUUGCCCAACUUAUGGUCUGUGCACAGAGACCCAGCCAUAUGGGAGGAACCAGAUAACUUCCUCCCCGAACGAUUUCUGGACGAACAAGGACAACUGGUCAAAAAAGAAACCUUUAUUCCCUUCGGCCUAGGGAAGCGUGUGUGCAUGGGAGAGCAGCUGGCCAAAAUGGAAUUAUUCCUGAUGUUUACGUGCCUAAUGCAGAGUUUCACCUUUGCCUGGCCAGAGGGCUCCGGAAAGCCUUUCCUCUAUGGAAGAUUCGGUCUGACGUUAGCCCCACAUCCAUUUAACUUGAUCAUCUCAAAGAGAUGAUCCCUCCCACGAAGAGAUGCUGAACUGAUCGCCUUUCUCCUUUAACAGAACCUGCCUGAUUGUUUAAAUUCAACGCAACAGCCCUCGAGGUGUGAAGGGCUGUUUACGCACAGACCAGCUGGGACUGAGAUGGGAGAAGGAGUGUCGCAAAAAUGGAGCUAGACGGACCCGUUGGGUAAAUGGCCCGGCGUCCGCUGGGGCCAUUUUAGGCCCACAGGAGCGUCACUUCCCUGAGGGAGGUGGGGGAACGGGCACCGAUAGGCCUGAGCUGGAUUUUACCCCUCGGUGUCACGCUGCUGAGGAAGUGACCUUAGGCCGAGUCCGCUUCAUCCUUGAGGAACCAGGCUGACGGGGAAAUAAAGCAAAACCGGAAUUUUCCUGGCAGGGUUACCCCUGUCACACAUUUUUUUUCCUGCCAGGUCUUCAGACGAGGGCGGGCAUUUCUGCCCUGUACGUGCACCUGAGGCAUUGGUCUGAAAGGUUGCAUUUUGGAGGAGGAGGAGGAGGAGGAGGAAGAGAAGAAGGAGGAGGGGAGACGGUACCCCCUGUGAUUAUGGGCCUUGGAAGAUGGUCGGCCCCUUGGUCAUGUCUUCGUCCACCCGACCGCGGCUGCAGUUCCCCCAUCCCGACCUCCUGUUUGGUCGGGGACUUCUAGGUCCAGCACAAAAAUACCAGUGAAGAGUGACAAUCUUAAAUUCAUAUUUUUGCUUUGCUUCUAAUAUUGAAUUCUUUCCCCGAGUAUUUAUGAAGUGCUCGCUACGCGCAUGGCAUUGAACUGGGCGAGGGUUAUGAACGAGAUCACUGACCGGCCCCACUCUCUAAAAGAGCUUAAGGUGAGAAAGAUGGGAUUCAUUUUAUUUUUAACGUCGGCAUCCUGUGAACAGGACAACAGCUAACAAAAGGCCAGGUGAGGGUUGAGACAGCAAGCUGGAAAUGGGGAAGGUUGUAGUAAGUAGCAACACAGAGAACACAGUCAGCCCGUUAUCCCGCUCAAGAAGAAGAGACUGUGCAAGACAAGAAUUUGGCCGGGAACUCUGGCUAGGGAAAACUAAGUGUAAUCUGAAUUUUACGUGUGUGCGUGUGUGAUUAUCCUUUGCCAGUACAGGCGUAUGGUUCUGUGUAGGCGCUCGAUUCACGAUCGAUGUUAUUAAUGAAGACCGACUUUUACUUCAUCUGUAAAUGAAAGCCCACCUUCAGAAAUCCUUUAUUUCCAGAGGUGAAUCUGGAAAGCUCAAUGAGGCGAACGUUCGUGAAGCCUGGUGAACUGUGAAUCCCCCUGGGUCUCGGUGGGAUUUCUUUGUACCUUUCUCUUGGAGCGGGUCGCCCCAAAACCAGAGUACGUGAAAGGCACGAGAGAAUCUAAAGGACUUUCGGGGAGAAAGAGCCUGACUCUGGUCCGAGUAGCCCAUUAAAACAUUUCCAGCCCACGGGGGAACCACGUGAACUGGUCAAUAGAGAAACAAAGGCUAAGGUAGCCAUAGGGCAUCAGUUGGAUGCCGCAGAAUGACUACCUACUUGAAUUCUAAUAAAUUAGGAGGGCUUCUCCCUUUUGCUCA